UCCCCAAGCCAUAUUCUCUAUGAAACAGGACAACAUCCACAGAGAGUUCAGAGAGGAAGGAAACUUCCUUCUAAUCGUCCUCAGAAGCUUUUGGAAAUUUGAAAAUACUUUAAGCAGCAGUAGAAAGUGCAAGGUUAUAUGGACUGGUAUUACCUUAAUGUUCAAACCCUGUGUGCCUGUGAAAAAUGUUUGUUUGAAAGUGGUCCCCUGCUCACCAGUCAUCUGAACCCUUCUGCUGAACCGAUUCUUUCCAAAAACACUAACCUUUCUGAGAACGCUUUCAAGUGGUGGAAGAGUGUACAGAAUGAAAAACGGGAUUUUGCAUUCUUCAAACAAACAGUGAACAGACUCUUUGAGAUAUUUCCCUCCAGUCCCCAUCUUAGAAAACCAAGCGGCGACACCUGCAGGAGUUGUGCCGUUGUUGGAAAUUCUGUAAAUCUGAAAGGAUCACAUUAUGGAGCCUUGAUUGAUUUCCAAGAUGUCGUUAUAAGAAUGAACUCUGCUAAAACUAAAGGCUAUGAAGAAGAUGUCGGGACCAAAACCACUCAUCAUGUCAUGUAUCCAGAAAGUGCGGUUGAUAUACAUAAUUCCACUCAUCUUGUGCUGUUUCCAUUUAAGAUAAUGGAUCUUGAAUGGCUCAUCAAGGCUUUUACAACAGGAUUCUAUGGAGUAUCUUAUGCACCAAUAAAAACCAAAAUUAGAGCCAAUAAAGACUUGGUGAUGGUGGUCAACCCAGCUUUUAUGAAGUAUACCCAUGAGACCUGGCUGAAAAAGAAAGGAGCAUAUCCAUCCACUGGAUUUAUGACUUUUAUUUUUGCACUCCACAUUUGUGAUGAGGUCCAUGUGUUCGGCUUUGGGGCAGACAGUGAUGGAAACUGGAGCCAUUACUUUGAAAAGUUAAAAAAUAAAAAGUUAAAAACUGGACAGCACCCUGGACAUCAUGAAUAUGACAUCAUACAUUUUUUCUGCUUCACAAAGGUCCCCUGA